CCGAGAAUCUGGUCUCGUCUUCUUAUAAAACAGUAUCUGCGAGCAUAACUCUAUUAGUCAGUUUUCGUUUGGUUUAUAGCUUGUCAGACGCAGGCUAAAGAGUCGCUGCUAAGUUGAUUUUACCGUAACAAACUUUGUUUUCUGCCACGAGGACCCCUCUUUCUGCCCUCUCUCUCUCUCUCUCUCUCUCUAUCUCUGUCUCACUCUCUGUUGCUCUCUCUCUCUCUCGCUAUAUAGCUCUCUCUCUCUCUCACUCUGUGUGUGUGUGUGUUUCACUUUCUCUCUCUACCUCUCUCUCUCUCUCUCUCUCUCUCUCUCUGUAACCGUCUGUUCUGUCUAACAGUUGCUGUGUGCGAGAGCGAUCUGCACCGACCUUCGAUUGCCCCGUUCAAGCCAGAUUUCAAUCCCUCGCUGCUGCUGCUGCUGCUGUGCCUGCUGGGGGUAAUCGUGCAGGAAACGACGAGGACACACAACACGUCAUCGCCGCUGCUGCUGCCCCACCACCACCUGCUACAAUUCGGCAAUCCCUCCGCUGCUGGGCUGCCUCUGGUUAACCAGUAGCACCAGCCACAGCGAGCGCCAUCAUCAUCAUCAUCAUCAUCAUCGGCCUAUUGUUGCACAGCUGCUGUUCAAAGUCACUCCUCCCUCCCCCGAACGCUUAAUUGCUGUGUGCUCCUGCAGUCACUAGUCUCUACAAUGGCGACCCGGCUGCCGCUGCUGCUGCUGCUGCUGCUAUUGCUGCGUCGGUGGUGAGUCGUCGUGAGUCGUCGUGAGUCGUUCGUCCUUCCUACAGAAGGAACCCAGUGACUGUGUGCUCCCGCGCCGAAAAGGAUAACCUCUCUUUUUUUUUUCCCUGCUCUGUGACUCUCGAACUCUCGUUGUGGUGUGCUUUUGCGCGAUUCGGAUCGGCUGGCUGCCUCUAGACCUAUAUAGACUGGCUUUUCCUUUGUCCCUCUUCCUCCAUCCUGGUCAUUGUUAUCAACCUCAUUAUCACCAUCAAAUCACCGUCAUCCCCACCCUCCUCCCACGGCCCCCUCAGUGAACGAAAACGUAUACAGUGAAAGACGAGACACGAAGAAGAAGAAGGUAUUGAUUCAGUGUCACCUUCGUCAGGUGUGAACUAGACCGAGGAACCUCUCGUUGUUAACUCUCCAGGAAAAGAGUGUGAGAGAGAGAGACAACUAUAAACCAGUGUGAGAUUAAAGCAAAAGAGAUAUUUCAGAGACGAUACGAAGGUCUCUCGGGUCUCUAUAGGUCUCUCCAGUGACCCCAAAGUCGUUUCUAAAUCCUCCUGAAGGGUCUGUGUCGCCAGGGACAGAGGAAGGCCCCGGGAAAGACACCGAGAGAGAGAGAGAGAAGGAUUACCUUCGUCUGGGAGUCUAUUCUCUACUCCCGCCAAAACUCCCAGGUAAAAAAAAAAAAGGUCUCGCUUCCAGACCUCCUCGCCCUCGACGUCUAGUCGCUUCCAGAGGUACAGUGACCACAAGCGGCGACCCCACAGCGACCAGAGAGAUAAGGACGACCUUCGUCAGGAGGUCUACUCUCUCCUGCUCUCCAGCCAAAAGCUUCCAGGUAAAAAAGGCUGUUUCCAGACCUCCUCUCCCUCGACGUCUAGUCGCUUCCAGAAGUACAGCGACCAGAAAGAUAGGGACGACCUUCGUCAGGAGGUCCAAUCUAUCUCUCCCGCUCUCCAGCCAAAAGCUUCCAGGUAAAAAGGGUCGAUUCCAGUCCUCCUGGCCCCUUCGACGUCCAGUCGUUUCCAGGUAGUUCAGCGACCGCCCACCGACCCUACAGCUCUGGAUCUCGGCGGCAGUUCCAGCGACCACCACCAACGGCUCCGCUUCGCGUCCCUAGCAGCCGAGGGCACGGCUGGAGGAGUCUUACGCGCCUCGGACCCUUACAUCGGCAAGAUUUCGCUCCCGGCGGGUACCACGUGGCCGCUAGGCCUAGGGCGGGCGCCCGUGGACGUGGGCGUGGGUCUAGCCGGGGGCGGCGUCCACCUGCAGAGACACGAGGUCAAGGAGGAGGUGGUCGGGGGCGGCGGCUUAAUGGACGGUGGAGGAGAUCGGGGAGAGAAGCGCAAAGUCGACGACUUUUCGACGCUGUACAGCCUCGACCACGGGGGAGGGGGGGUGGCGGCGACGCCCUCCUCCCACGGGCCCACCACCCCCCCGAGGUCGCUGCCCGAACAGACAGACAAUGUCGAGGCUACAGAUGUGACGCACUCGGCUCGUCACUGGUUUCCUCAUUCCAGCUUGAAGGCAUACCCCUCAACAGCAUCCUAUGCCCGCAUGCCCCUAGCGGGCGGAGACGGCGCCUUCAAGAAGGUGAAGAGUGAGGGCGGGAUGUGUACCACAGGGCAUUCACCCACGCCCACGCCCACAACCUGCCCCACGCCCGCACGCCGGAGACACCGCACCACCUUCACCCAGGAACAGUUGGCUGAGCUGGAGGCCGCGUUCGCCAAGAGCCACUACCCGGACAUCUACUGCCGCGAGGAACUGGCCAGGAAGACGAAGCUGAACGAGGCGCGCAUUCAGGUGUGGUUCCAGAACCGCCGGGCCAAAUACCGGAAGCAAGAGAAGCAACUGCAGAAGGCCCUGGCGGGAACGCCCUCAGUCCUCCCGACGUGCAACGGCGCCAUGAUGAGGAAUAUGUACCCCACGGCUACCCGGGGGUACCAGCCAUACCCAGGGCCAAACGCCAUCUCAACCUUCAACACUAUGAAUAGAUACCCACAGAUGUCCUCCAGCUCGUAUCCAGGGAUGUCCCAACCGUUCAGUAUGACACAUCCUACAUCCAACAUGGCCGCUAUGAGACAGGAUUCCAUGACAGGUAUGGCGACGGAGGACGACUGGUACAAGAAGGGGCUGGCCUCGCCUUGCUUCUCGGGGCUGCAGACAGCCGCCGACGAGGACUGGUACAAGAAGUCGCUCACGGCCCUCUCCAUGAAUACCACCCACCACCCAAACUUGUCGGCGCCCAUGCUCCAGUACCAAACCUAGACGUCCACCUGCGGUCCCUGGCAGCCGCUGGAAACGCCGCCGCCGCUGCCGCCCACCAGUCGUCAUCGUCAGCAGCAGCUUCAGCCUACCCGUCGUACUACUCCAGCUACUACCACUACUACUACGGGUACUCGGCCGGCGACGCCU